UGUCCAGAGGUGAAUCGAGGGCGGACGCUGAGCGUGGACAAUGAACUCACUGCCUCUCUUGCUUCUGGUGGUCUUUGUAUUAGGCUACUCAGGUAAUGAACGUAAACCCUUAAACUCCCAAGAUCUAAUUGUUAAUUCUCCCGUUUAGAUGUUGCAAAUUUCCUAAUGAAUUAGUAACGAGAGUUUGGUGUUAGAUCAAGAUAACUUCUAUCUGAUAAGUUUGAGUAUUUUCAUAAGAUGUGUGUUAGAUAAUUUAUGUAUAUUAUAGGGAGAAGUAGCAUGUUAAUCACGUUAAGGCCUCAAAAGGUUAAGUAUCUGUUGAGUGAUAACUUUGCUUUAGCUGAAUUAAAGAACCUUUUUCCACUAAAUUUUUUGAUGAAAAUUCACUACGAUUUCCAAAUGAGAACGGCGUCAUAAAACAAGGCCAACAAGUUAAGUGUAAAUAGAAAAAAUAUGUAUAUUCCUAGCGUGAUCAUAUUGUAUUUUCAGGCGUUAACGGUAGAUUACUGCGUUAUGGAGAACAAGUAUCAAACCACAAUGAAACAGGUGAACUUUAGCAGAUGCCUAAUUAGACUUGUGGCUACUUUUGAGAUAACGUAACUGAUAUUAAGUUCGAUAGGAACAUAAUGAUGAUGUGAUAUAAAUACAUCUCGUUUGCUAAGCAGAACAAAAUCACUGAAAGUAAAGCGGAGUGGCUGGGUUCUGUUUGUUGUAAACCAUAAGCUUGACACCCAUUGUGCCAUAUUUUGAUCUCGAAGGAAAGGAAGCCGUUUAUUUGAGUUAGAACUUGAUCUUAUGAAUGACAAUCUACUAGACCUUAAAUGAUUUCCAUCAAAAAGGAAAAAUGUUGGAAAGUUCUUAUAACAAAAAUAGCGCUUUCGGGAGGGAACUGGGGAGGCAAUAAGACUUUUUUGCUUUAAAUCUGAUGAAAAACAGGCGUGUGACUUGACCUGAAGUAGUUUAAGUAUUCCUUAUCAAAGAGUCCCAUAUAUAAAAAAUUUAACCGGGGUCUCAAGUUACAUAAAACUACCAUUUUUGAAUUACAGCAUUUUUAGAACAGAUCUGCCCAAAGCCUAAUAGCAGGGAUCGAAAGUAUGUUCGAAUCAAGACCUUCAAUAACAAGUACGUGUGGGCUUACCCCACACAUAAAGGUGAUACGUCAUACCUGCGUACGCGCUGUUGCGGUGCAAAAGACGCAGUUGGACGAAAAGAUAUAACCAUACCUGGAACAAAAACAACAUUCAUUAUUCACUGCCUUAGAGCCAACAAUGAAAAUGUAUUCAGAUUUGAGAUUCUCUCCAGCUCCAAAAAUCCAUCUGGCUAUUACUUCGAUGCAGAUCCAGUUUACUCUCAGUACGGCGUGUACGCCAACAAGCUGACGAGAGUCAGUACCAAAGACCGGUACAGAUUCAAUUUUAUUAUAUCUCGCAAGAGGGGCCCUGUGAUUGGCAUCCGAACUCAAGGAAAAGCAGGUGAAAGGUAUGAAAGUAUGAGGAGUAACUGGUUGAAGUUUCAUGAUGGCGGCCGUGGAAGUGUUACGGGAUAUAAGAACCUUUAUACUAGAAACUUCCCAAGCAUGGAGGACACAUUUACAUUGGAAGCAGGUAUUUGAGCAAAUUUUUAGCGCUAAGUGAUACGGGAACCUUCACACCAACACGAAAAUAUUAGAAUAAGAAAGACAAUGACUUGUUGAACUCAGUCGAGAGUUACGGGUGUAGAUCAAAGGAACUGUCCGAAUCCUUACAAGGAAUGGAACCCAGAUCUUCAGAUUUAUGCUCCUAUGCUUUACCACUGAGCUUCAGAGAACUAGAUGUUGAUCCAGAGCAUUCUUCACCUAAAUUUGUGACAAGCAUCCCACAUACAAUAUCUGUAUUUAUUUGCGGGUGGGGGGCGACACUGACUCGAACGAAAAGCACUCUGGUAUUGUGUGUUUUAACAAAACCAGGCGAAUGGAUACUGUACUUUGAAAAUCUUACUGGUAUAAAUUAUGAUUUUUACCCUUUUUAGUACCCAGCGGAUGCGUGACUCCUGGUGAGUAUGUAUUACAGAUGUCAGUUAUGGCCGCACCAUGGCAUACCAGUCAGGAGGACUGUGAGAGUAAACCAGAUAGAUGCUUUUGGUCGGAUGGGUGGGAUACACGAAGGCGCAAUAUGAUGACAGCCAUAUGCUACUACAGCAAAGGUAGGAAAAUUAUCAACUAAGAGCCAUCUUUAUAAAGGAGAGAAAUGAGAUGGGCUUGAAACCUUCAUCUUUAAGACUUGGUAAAAUUUACCCUUCUAUAUAAGUUGAACAUCACGCAGUUAUAACCAUCAUCAUUAGCGAAGCUCCUUUUGAGUUGUUAGCAUCGAAAGCCGAAUGCCGCUGUGCUUUACGUAAACACUGAAAGCUCAUUCAAGAGCUCUGAAAGCAGUUGAUAUUCUAAACUUGAAAAGUUCUCACAACAAACGCGUGCAUGUCAGGUUGACCACGCAGCAACUGCUUUGCUCAUUGUGUCAUUUUUCUUUGCUAGAUUCGGUGUGUUAUCAGUACAGGGGAGCAAAGAUAAAGUACCUGCGCUUGUCAGCUAAACAGUGUGAAGCUGAAAACCACUGCUACAAUUACAAGAACAACAAAUGUUACGAUGUACUUUAA